UUUAAUGGAGACACAAUGUCCUUUGGCAGCACAAUGAUAAAUCAACAUAAAUCAAUACUUCUGGUAUGUAAGGAAUGGAGUCCUCUCGACACUCUCUGUCCUCGAGGCCAUUUGCAGGUCUGGGAUCAGCUACUCUAUCCAAAUACUAGAAUACUUGAAAGAGGUGGAAAAUGACAAACUGGCUCGAGUUCAGUGUUUAGCAAGGUUGGUCGAGUCUGGAUCCUCUAAUGUGGACCAUGCAGAACCUGCCCUGCCUAUAAAUAAUACUGAGAGGAAAAGAACACUGAACCUGGACAAAACAAGGGGAGGCGUUGUGAAAUGAAGACUGAUAUUGCAGCAAGGGACGUCUUCCUAAAAGCCAUGCAAGUGUUGCUGUUGUUGGCUCUGGUGUGCCCAGCCUCUUCUACACAGUUUUCAGCAAUUAACUCAUGCGGGCCAGAGGUUGCAGCUCUCAAGCACAGCAUAAGGAAGCUGGAGAAUAAACUCUUAAUUGGGACUUGGCAAGUUGAGCACUUGCAGAUGCACAAAUACUUCCAGCCAUUUCAACCUGCUGUGUCUAAUACUACACCUGAAACUGACACAGCCACUGGUGUAAUCCACAAAAGCAGUGGGACAUUAGACAGCUCUGAUAUGACACUGAUGAAACCACUUCCACCAGCAGGCAAUUUAAUUGUCCAUGACAAAGACUGUUCUGAGCUGUUUGACAGACUGAGACCACCAAGCGGUUUCUACCGCAUCAGACCCAAAUCACACCAGGAGCCUGUUUUGGUCUACUGUGACAUGGAGGAUGGAGGAGGAUGGACUGUGUUUCAGAGACGUCGGCAUGGAAAAGUUGACUUCAACAGAGACUGGGUGGACUACAGAGAUGGCUUUGGUGACUUCAAACUGUGGAAUGAUGAGUUUUGGUUGGGGAAUGAGCACAUUUAUUCCCUACUCUCAGAAGGUAGGAACCUGGUGAAGAUAGAUCUAAUGGACUGGGAGGGACAGAGAAAUUAUGCAUUUUAUGAGAACUUCAGGAUCACUGAUGAGGCCGAUAAGUAUCGUCUUCAGUAUGAGCUGUAUAGUGGGCAAGCUGGAGAUGCUCUGACUGGUGGUGGGGGGAUGGUGGAGCACUGGUCUACUUGCCUCAGCGGCAUGCAGUUCAGCACCAGAGAUCAGGACAAUGACCGCUACCUUCAAGGCAGCUGUGCUCAGGAGAAUAAGGCGGGAUGGUGGUUCAACAGGUGUCAUGCAGCCAACCUAAAUGGGAAGUUCUACCGCACAGGGAAGUACAAGGGCCAGUAUGACAAUGGUGUGGUGUGGGGGACCUGGAAAGGCCUUUGGUAUUCCCUUAGACACACCACCAUGAAGGUGCGGCCUCUGGUUUUCUUGGACGUCACGGGUAGUGGAGCAGGGGAAAUUUAAAACACCAGGCGUCAUCUUCCCUUGUGUGAUACAGAAUUAAGUUAAAAAAAUGAGGGCAAAGACUGAUGUCAUGUUUAAAUUCUUUGUAUUUGAAUUUCUCACUUUGCUUAAUUAUUUGAAACUAUUAUCAAAUGGCAAUAGUACAGCAUCUUCUGUUUUCCUGUAAGAAUUGCUUUCUAUAAAAUGUAUAUUACUCAAACAAUAAAACAAAACAGCAUCUCA